AAGCAAAGAAGGAGAACUGACCUAUCUUCAUUUAUAUUUUAUAUUUUUAAUUUCAUACAAAUUAAAAUUAGGAGUUUUAUAUUCUCCCGAUUUUGAAUUAUAAAUUCCAUCGACAUGGGUACUAUAAGUAACGCAGAGGGGGAAAUCGAAAUUCAACGAUUGCCGGUAAACUCAGAAGAACACACUUUUAAUGGUUGGACUGUGAAAUAUACAAAAUCUCACAUCCUUCAUUCAAUUUGCAGAACCAGUGAAAAAUGCAAAGUAAAGUCAGAAGAGCAGUGCUUACUAUGCCUGUAUGAAAGCCAAUUAGAACUUCCACAUUUACCAGAAAUGGUUUUCCCCAACAAUAGAUUGAUUUUGACUCAUAAAACGGGCGCGUUUAUAGAAUUUAACGCUUUGGAUGCUUUGAGGCAAGUUUGUAAUGGAAAAGAAUACAUCAAAGUGGAGGUGGCAUAUUCCGAAACUUGGAAGGAAUCAAGGUUGCCAGAAAAUCUAGGUCAGAAAAUAAAACCAUUUGAUUGGACGUUUAGCUCAGAUUACAGGGGUACAGUACACAAUUCGGCAGUGAUUACCCCUACAGAAGAAAGGAUAAACAUGGAGAAGUUGAAGGAAAAGGAGAAAAUAUUGUUCUACCAAGAACUUAUGCUGUACGAAGACGAGUUACAUGAUAAUGGAAUUUCAUCCUGUACACUUAAGAUUAGGGUCAUGCCAAGUUCUUUCUUUGUUCUAUUGAGAUUUUUCUUGAGGGUUGAUAACGUAAUGGUACGGGUUAAUGACACAAGGGUUUUCCAUGAUUUUUCCACUGAUUAUGUGCUCAGAGAAUAUACAAACAAGGAAUGUGGUGUUAACGAACUCAGUCUGCCACUAACAGUCUUUGGAGACCCGAAUCUACUGUCUCCUCACAUGCCGUUAAGGACUGCAAUUUAUGAAAAAAUCACUUUCCCUGCUACCAAACUUGAAUCGACUGGAUCUUUAGAAGGAUAGUGUAUGUCAUACUAAGUUAGAAUGUAAGAAAAUUUCAUUGAUUACGUUGUAAAUAAUGUGGAUUUGUUUCUGGUAAUUAUUCCUCAGUUUAUUUUUAAAUAAAAAUAAUUUAAUGAAAAGUGAA